CCCCCGCCAAAAAGAAGGAAACACCUGUGCUGUCCCCACUUCACUUUCAGUUCUUGCGGGCAUCUGUUCGGAGAUCUCGAUCUGCUGAUCUGGCAAAUACGACAGCGAAUAUCCAUAUAGGAAUUCCAUCCAUGAGCGAGGCCAAGAUGAACGGACGCUCCAUACGCAUCAAUCGGCUGCCGGCCACCAUAGUGGCCAUCCUGCUGACCAUUGUCCUGGUCUACUUCCUCAACUUUCACCAGGAGGAGCGGCCGGCCAUUUAUGGGAUGCUGCGCAGCGAUCAUCCGAAUCGUGUGAAUCUCCGCAAGAUGCUGAUUGCCGCAAUUCAGGCGGCGCAACGCGGUGGCCUCGAGGUGCUCGACGUGGCCAGGAGUCGCCGGCUGCGGGAGCGCAGCAAAGGGAAGACGGACGAGGGCGUCGAUGAUCCCUUCACCGAUGCCGAUGGUCGUUCGCACUGUGUGAUGAAGCAGGGCCUUCAGCGCAUCUUCCCGCGCGUUCAAAUCUUCUCGGAGGAGGACAAGGAGCACUGCAAGCAGGCGCACAGCUAUGAUCUCGAUCCCACGGUGCUGCAUGAGACGGCGCAGAUCCCAAAUGUGGUGGUCAAUGCCCAGGAUGUGACUGUCUGGGUGGAUCCGCUGGAUGCCACCAAGGAGUUUACGGAGGAGCUCUACGAGUACGUGACCACCAUGGUCUGCGUGGCGGUGGCCGGCAGGCCCAUCAUCGGCGUCAUCCACAGCCCGUUCAAUGGACAAACGGCCUGGGCCUGGGUGGGCAACUCCAUGUCCGAGUACCUGGCCAGCCUGCAUCCGGAGCAUCCUCCUGACCACCAGUCGCCCGUCAUUACGGUAUCGCGUUCGCACACCGCAGGGGCCAAGGAUUUGGCCCGGGGCAUCUUUGGCCAGGAUGUCAGCCUGCUGACGGCGGCGGGGGCGGGCUACAAGGUGCUCCAGGUGGUGGCCAACAAUGCCACCGCCUAUCUGCACACCUCGAAGAUCAAGAAGUGGGACAUCUGUGCGGGAGAUGCCAUUCUGCACGCCUUGGGCGGCACAAUGACCACGCUGAACGAUCAGUUGAUUAACUAUGGGCCCGAGGAGUCGCCGGUGAAUACGGAGGGCCUGCUGGCCACCUUGGAGCGGCACGAGGAGUACAUGGACAAGAUGGCCAAGUAUAAAGAGGCGCACAACGGCAAGCUGGCGUAGUGACUCCUCCUCCUCAUCGUCGUUUUAGGCAGCAUUCAAAAAUAGCUCUAAGUUCUAAAGAAGGAAACCUGUUUUUUCGUAAUCUCAAUAGCAGUGUGUGCGUGUGUUUUUUUUUGUUUUUUGCAUAAUUACGUUGGUUGUGGGGUCAUGAACCCGGAGAUCGCCCAGUUGGCUCAAAAACACAAAGAAUAAACCUAUUUUAAAUUGUAA